AUGUUCAACUUAACUCCGAUUGCUCACCCAACCGCUGAUACAGAACAUCCUCUAUUAUUACUGCAAUCUCAUCAUGGUGACAGGUAUUUCUUCGGGAAAGUUUCUGAAGGGUCUCAAAGAUGUUUGACAGAGAAUAGAAUUCGAAUUUCUAAAUUACAGAAUAUAUUUUUGACAGGAGAGCUAGACUGGAGCACCCUGGGCGGACUUCCUGGUAUGAUCUUGACUGUCGCAGACCAAGGUAAGGCAAAUUUAGCCGUGCAUUAUGGUAAUGAUCUGAUCGAUUAUGUUGUAGCAGCCUGGAGAUAUUUUGUAUUUCGUUUUGGUAUAGAUUUGAAAACGAACAUUUUAAGAGAUAAAGAAGUCUACAAAGAUGAUAUUAUCAACGUUAAAUCAAUCGUUAUCUCCCAAAAAUCUCCUCAUGUUGCUACUAAUUUUUCAGUUUUCCCCGCUAAAGAAAAAAGUGUACUGCGAUCGAUCAUUUCCAACAUGUUUCCAAAGAACAGUCCAACAAGCAAAUACGAUCCUACUUCCGAUCCUCACUUGAAUGUUGAACUUCCAAAAGAUGUCGAAAUUCCAAAAAUUUCCACCAGCUAUGAAGUCAGCUUUCAUCCGGUAAGGGGAAGAUUUAAAGCGGAAGAAGCAUCUAAACUUGGUGUUCCAAAAGGGCCUCUACUCGGUAAGCUGGCUAAAGGAGAAACUGUGACUUUAGAGGAUGGGACUCAGGUGAGUCCUGAGCAGGUGCUUGAAAAGCAGCGUUCAUUUUCUAAAGUGCUUAUAUUAGAUAUACCAAAUGACUCAUAUUUGCCACAUUUUCAGGAAAGAUUUGAGAAAUAUGCUACCGAGGAUCUUGGCAUUGUUUAUUAUUUUCUUGGUGAAAAGAUCACUAUCAAUGAUAGCCUGAUAAAGUUCAUGGAAUUAUUUGGUAAUUCUACCUUGCAUUUUGUAUCGCAUCCGAGGGUAUGUCCAAAUUCAAUGGUAUUCAAAGGUGCCGCAAUAAUCACGUUAAAGCUGAAAGCACUACAACCAGAAAACUACAAUCUUCCUCGAACUAAUACUAUAUUAUCAAAAGAAUUUUACGACUGUUUCGAAAUACCCAUGGAGGACGGGACAACGUUAUCGCAAAGUCAAGAAGGGCCUCUAAAAUCUAAACUUCCAGGUGAUAUAGUACAUGUAUAUACGCAGAAAAAAAGUGUUAAAGUUGAAUCAUAUACAAAGGGCCAAGAAAAAAUGAAGAUUAAAGUUGAUGAUGAGUCUGGAAGAGGGUGGUCGUGGCAAAAAACCUUCAAUAAACAUGUGAAGCCGCUAAAGAUUUCAUCAGCGUCUUUUGAAAACGUCGUUUCAAGUCAAUUGAACAUUGACAACUUCAAUAAUGACUCUAAAAAAGGGCAUGUUGAGAUCAUAACAUUGGGAACCGGCAGUGCUCUUCCAUCAAAAUAUAGAAAUGUGGCUUCCACAAUGAUCAAAGUGCCCUUUCUGACUGCUGCCUCCGAAUUCAAGAAUCGGAUCAUACUUUUCGAUGCUGGAGAAAACACCCUAGGAACGCUACGCAGAAUGUUCUCAGAAACAGCUAGACGCAGAAUAUUUGCCGACUUGAAAAUGAUUUAUUUAAGUCACUUGCAUGCUGAUCAUCAUCUAGGCAUCAUCAGCAUACUUAAAGAAUGGUUCAGAUAUCAUGAAAAUAACAAAGACAGUUAUAUAUAUGUUGUCUCUCCAUGGCAAUAUAAUAAAUUUGUACAAGAAUGGCUCAUAAUUGACAAUCCUACUAUUCUGGAAAAAAUUCGCUAUAUAAGUUGCGAGCAUUUGAUAAAUAGUUCAUUCGUUAGAAGGCAAACCAUACCGAUUUCGCUGGACGAUUACUGCUCUGCAAUGGGGUCAAACAAUGGUAAAAGAAGGAAACUUGAAGUUGACGCAAAUUCAUCAUUUAGAGAUAUGACCAAAAUCAAACAAAUGUACCAGGAUAUGAAUAUUGCGCUUUUUCAGACUUGCAAGGCUAGGCAUUGUAAUUGGGCUUACUCUAACUCUAUAACAUUUCACAUGAGCCACAAUUCAAGAAAACAGUUUAAAGUCUCAUACUCAGGAGAUACCCGCCCCAACAAGGAGCUUUUUGCACAAGGCAUUGGAUAUCGUUCUGAUCUUUUGAUCCAUGAAGCAACAUUAGAUAACGAGCUAAUGGAAGACGCUAUAAAAAAGAGGCAUUGUACAAUAAAUGAAGCGAUACAAGUUUCAAAUGCUAUGGAAGCUGAAAAAUUAGUAUUAACACACUUUUCGCAAAGAUAUCCGAAGGCUCCACAAGUAGGCAAUAAUAUAUCAAUCGAGGCUAAGGAGCAUUGCUUCGCAUUCGAUGGAUUGAUACUGGAUUAUGAGAACAUCGGUGAACAGCAAAACACUUUUUGGAGAUUUAAUACCGUAUUCGCCGAAGAAAGGAAAACCGAGGAAGAGGAAGGUUCCAAAGAAUUCUCAUAA